AGAAAGCUGCAGAAGUACAGCUGAACAUCAAACAGAAACGUCUUGAAACUCUAAAACUUUAUUAUGGCUUCUGAUCAGCAUGUUUGGAAGAGGUACCUAAGAGGCAUUAAAAUCCGCCAGGACUCCAGAAUUGAAGAUUUUCUGCAUGCAGAGAACAUAAUCUUCACCAUCCUAGAAAGGGUAAAUUCUGUGGAUUACAGGUUUUUGGUUGACUAUUCCAGAGAUCAUGCCAACUUUGAGUAUUCCUUACAAACUGAGUUACAUGAACUCUCCAUGGAGGUACCCCUGUGGCUUGAUAGUGCUGCUUUAGUCCUUGAGGCAGACUGCAAGACCCCUCGGUAUGAAUUAGAUGGGGUGUCACAUAAGCAGACACCCAGGCAAGAUUUUUGUUAUAUUGGGGUACCAAAGGAAGGAAGCAACUUGGAACAGUGGUCCUCGGGAGGCAUCUUCCAUGAGACGACCAGCAGUAGUUGCAGAGGUCACAUUGUCCCUGGAAAGCUUGUCAAGCUAUUGAAAGAACUGAUUGUUGCAGCUAUUGUUUACUGCCGGCAAACUGAACAGAUUAAACCAGGCGAUGUCAAUGCCACCCUUCUGAGUAAAGACAGUGCACAAAUACCUCUUCAGGUUCGUUGUGGAAGCAAGAUGAUUCAGUUCAACAUCACCCCAAAGAUCACACGAGUGAAGACAAACCUUGCUAUUGAUCUGAACCAUCGUGGGAAGAAUUUACCCAAGGGAGCUCUACAGGAUGUACUCAGUGAGGGUGCCGACCUCAUAGCUGCCAGUUACUAUCAUUGGAGGCACUGCUUCAGUCGCCCACUCUGGAAGUUGUUAAAGAAUUUUGACUCUGUUAAGGGAUAUCAUCUUGAUGCUCUUUGCCUUUUGGAUCGAGUGAACACCGUUCACUGGCGGGAGGAUGGUCAGAAGCUGGGCCUCACUUUUCAGCACCUGCAGACAAUAUUGCUGUGGGCUGCCAGCUUCUUUCUGUCCCCCGAAGACUGGCAAGAACUCAGUUCAGCAGUGUAUCGUCUCCUGGUUGUCCUUAUACGGUGUCUAGCAAUGAGCAAACUUCCCAGCUUCCUUUAUCCCCACAUCAACCUCUUCCAAGAUGAGAACAUUGACCUUAAGCCUCUCUACUGGAAGGUACUGGAAUUUGCUAACUGCCCAGAACAGUUCCUACACCUGCACGUGACUCAUAUGGUUAAGACAACAAAGCAACGCAUGGACACCUAUGCUCAGACAGUGCUGGAGACACCAGAUCAGACGGGAGAACUGUGGAGCACAGCUUACUUCGAUGUCCUUCUCAGUAAGUUUCAGGAGUACCAUAUUCAAGAUGCAGCUAGAACCGCCACUAUGAAGGAAACUUGGCUUAAAAUUGGAGGGAUGGAUGAAGAUAAGAAGUAAUCCAUGUGAUCUCUUCAGCUGGCACAAUUUGAGAAUAGCAACUGCCUUGACAUCACAUACUCAUGUAGCGAUGAACUUUUGAUAAACAUCUUUAGCCGACAAAAGAAUGGAACCACCUCUGUUACGACCCUCAUAUUAUUUACAUAAGCUGGUUCCAGCUGCCUUAAAUGCUGUCGAUCUUUCUUUCACUUGGAUAAAGACAAUAUAGAUCAGAAUACGGAAUAAUGUCAGUGUUUGUUUUCUAGGUGACACAAGCAGGACUUGAGAAAACUCCUUCUUGCUUUAUUUCACCACAAAAAUUUACAUGAAGUAUUGGUCAUAGUUCUGUUCUAAAAUUAUUUUUACAGCAUUUCAUUAUAAUUACGUGAGAUGAGAUUUGACUUUUUGGAAUUCAUGAGAUGAUCUCUUCUUCAAAUUUCAGUCCUAAUUAAUCUUGACUGCCUUUAAGACUGCUCUUAAUACAAUAUUGUAAUGUUUACAAUGUCACACUGUUCACUUCUUUUUUUUUUCUGCCAUACAUCUUCAUAGCAUGGUGUUACUGAGCUGAGAUUCUGUUAUUUGUAAAACAACAGUGAAUUAUUUAGUAGGCUGCCACUGUGUUUGAUAUUGGUAUCACUUUCAACAAAGUUAUGUGUUUCUUCUUAAAAAAUAUUUUAUUCCUGAGUUGUUUCCAGCUGACAGGUUGAUAGAUGACCCUUACAAAUGGCAUGCACUGUCAAUGAUGGAUGUUUCUGGAAAGAAUUUGAUUGUUUAUACCAGCAGUACAAAGGAUUAUUUCCCCAAAGUUAGUUUAUCAUAAGAUACAUAUGGAUUAACUGUUGUGAAAAUUCAUAGAACGUAAAACUUGCAAGAGUCCCCCCAUUUAAAAAUAUUCUCAUGUAGGAUUUAAUUCUAUUCCUUAUAAAAGACUGUAUAUCUUGGACCAACUGUAGAAAUGCAAACUGUUCUAAUGUGCUAAAAUGCUGUGAAAAAUCAUUAUAGUUACUGAAGUCUGAUUGAACUUUUUGGCACUUUUCAGUGUUUUUUUCCUAUUUUUCAUUUGCACGUAUUAUAAACUUAGUAUUAAGCAACGAUCUUUGUACAGUAAAGGAUAAAUAUAAAUCAACAUAGUAGUUAAUGUUAUAAACACAAACAACAGCCUCUAACCACCAUAUACACCUUGGUCUGUAUGCAGUUUCACAGUCUGUGUAUAUCAAAGCUUGAAUGGAUUAUGUAAUCCAUUUCUUGAUGCGGAUAAGCCUGAUAAACCCAAAUGUCUCUUUGCAUGGGCAGCCCAGGAACACUGCCUAAAGUAAUUCAAACCUUGGACUACAGGAUGAGGUUUGUUAGUAGAUCAAAGCCUUAACAGUUACAUUAAACUUUGAUUCCAUUUAAAAGAUUGACAACCGGAAAACAAAAUCACGUAUUAUCAAACUAAAAAGAUCAGAUAUUGAAAAUAACUGAUUCCCUAAUCAAUGUA